AUGCAUUAUGUGUCGGCCACCGCGUCGACCGACGUCUUCCACACACCCCAGCCGUGGAUGCGCCACUACUUGACAGUGCUCAUGCUGCUCGGGAGCGGCGAGACCGCGCUGCAGCCUGGCCUGCGCAGCUUUCUCGAGAAGCGCGUCAGCGCGGCACUGGCUGGCGGGAGUGGCGGAAGAAGGCUCGAGCGAGGCCAGGCAGUGCACCCUGCCGCGCCCGGGCUGGUGAAUGGCUUGGUGGCGGCUUCGCCGAGUAGCGGCGACGCCUGCGCCGCGUGGGUCCACCGCACGGCGAUGCAGGCAGUGGCGGCGCUCGAGAACGAGCCGUCGCUCGGCGAGGCAACCGUGGCAGGCUCGCUCGGCCUGCUCGACCUCGCAGGGGCGCAGGCGGACCGGCGAGCGGCGGCGCUGCGCAUGUACAAUGAGCGGCUGCGUGGGUACGCGGCGGCGGCGACGCAGAUUGGGACGCGCGACUGGGUGCGCGCCGGCAUCGACUGGAGCGCGGACGCCUUCUACCGCGAGGGCGAGGGUUGCAGGCUCACCAAGCGCGAGGCGGUGCGCGAGUCAUACCGCAGAAGCGGCGGGCCACCGACCGACGAGGUCCGCGCGAUGCUGCUCCGGCUGGCGAGGGAGGGAGGGGGGCGCGAGGCGGGCGAGCCGAUCAAGCUGCUCGACGUUGGGUCCUGCGGCACACUCUUCGACGAGCGGUACGAGGGCGUGCGGGCGACGGCGCUCGACCUGUGCCCUCAGGAGGGCACACAGAGACGUGGUGCAGCUGGCUGCCUGCAGGAGGGCAACCGUGCCGUGCUGCAGUGCGACUUUCUGCAGCUGCGCGUCUCGCCGGCCGGGUCGGAGCCCGAGGUAGAGCCGCACGACCGCUUCCCCGCCGGCGCGCUGCGCUCGCUCGCGGAGGGCUCCUUCGACGCUGUCGUCCUCUCGCUCGUCCUCUCCUACCUCCCGCUCCCCCACCAGCGAGGCGAGAUGGUGCUCAAGGCGCGCCAGCUGCUGCCCUCGCCCGACCCGCCCGAGCGCGCGGCGUGUGUCCGCUGCAGGCGCGAGCAAGAGUACCUCACGCAAUGGGCUGCGGCGAUCGAGGCGGCCGGGUUUGUGUUUCUGCGGCACGUCACGCUGCCGCGCUCACACGCGCUCGCGUUUGCGACGACGAGCGGCGGCGGCGGAGGCGGCGAGGAGCCGCCCGAGCUGCACAUGAAGCGCGAGCAGCGCGAGCAGGGAUGGGAGUUGAGCAGCGCUGAUGGGGGUGAUGGCGUUUGA